CCCCAAACUCCUCAACAAAACUCCACUUCUUUUCACAGGUUUCAGUAAUAUUUGGAAUCUCUGCUGAGCUCCAUGGCGUUGUCUGGAACAGGCACACUGGUGGUUUCCCUUGUCUCUAAGAUCACAGCUUCAGCAGCCAUGGUCAAAGCUGGAGGGGCAGUCUCUGGCACAAUUCUAGCUGGUUCACAGGGGCUCAACCUGUUAGCCCAGACUGCCCUGGGCUCUGGAGCAUCUGUACUUGCAUCUUCCUUGGGGGCACUCAAGGCUGGCACCAUCCUGUCGGCCUGCCCUGCCUCUGUGUUAGCGGUUUGCCCCACUGCAGCCAAGGCUGCUGUUGCUGUGCUUGGGGGAGCCAUGACUGUAGCUGCUGUGCCCCCAGUGCUGAGUGCUGUGGGCUUCACUGGGACAGGGAUUGCUGCCUCAUCUCUAGCAGCUAAGAUGAUGUCCCUGUCAGCUAUUGCUAAUGGGGGCGGAGUUGCAGCUGGUGGCUUGGUGGCCACUCUGCAGUCAGUGGGAGCUGCCGGACUUUCCAUGCCAUCUCAAGUCCUCUUGGGGUCUGCAGGAACUGCCCUUGUGGCCAGUGUGAUGGGCAUCUCUGGUAGUUCCAACCCUUCUGUCCUCAGAGAAGAGGACAGGGAAGCAGAGAUGAUACCUCCCAGCUUGUUUAACUCAGAUUGUGAGAAGUUACCUCCAGGAGACGAUCUGUCCUCCUGGGCUUAGGAGAUUCUGCCAUUGUAGCUAGUGUGGUGGGCAUCAACAAAUCCUCCAGCCCUUCUUUCCUCUGAGAAGAGGGCAUGGAUCCAGGACCAUCACUUCCCUGGUUUUCCAAGGAAGAUGAGGAUCUGUUAAACCCAGGGGCCAAUCAGGCAACAACAAAUGUCAAAUUGGAAAUAAGAAAUAAAACCAAUUGUUGCAACCCU